GACCUCGCAGGUCUCGGGCUACCUACUCGAAUCUCACAGGAAAGCAGCGACCUGAAGGGCGCUAUCCAUUUUCAAUGCACGGGCAGCUUCAAGGGGUUUGGCAUUGGCGCCUCAGUCAGCGCAAGUCUGUUCAUUUGCAUCCAUCUGGGGAAUGUUUUGGGGCAGCAGCGUCGACUCCCGCUUUCAAAAGCUGCUCCGUGUUCUGGACGUUAUCUCACGGUAUUGAUACUGACCAUUGCUCUCUUUUCUCGUGUGACCACUCUCACUUGCUCAUUGCUCAGCAUUCAGGAACAGUUGACUGUUCUCCAUGUAUAUGUUUUCAGCUCUGUUGUUCUUGCCUGCAGGAAUUCACUGCAAUUAAUGGUUGCUUACUUGAACGGAUAGCUUGAACACUGACCUUCCUCUGCUUGCAUCUUCGUGAAAGCUUUUGCAGGUGGUGGCUGCUAGCUUAUUCGUCUAGAUUAUUGUGUGUAUUCAUAGCAACAAGCCUACUGAAAGGGCGGACUGCCAGCUGACCCCUCAACCCCUCUUUGUCUCUCUGUUGUCCUCAUCUGUAACAGGUACCAUUACCCCCUUUUCUCUCCCCUCAUUUCUAACCCCACUGCUAGUUAGUGCUACAUGUGACAAAUUUACCGGGGGCACGUCUGGUAGGGAAGUGUUGUGCGGUAAGUGCAGGACACAUCGUGCUCGACUUUAUUAGAUUCGAUCAACAGAGUGUCCGUCAACAGUGUCGGUCUAUCAAAGUCGUGGAGGUUGCUUUUAAGAUUAAGGGAAAACAGAGCAGCCAGGUUUAGCAAACAAGCAAGCAAGUACAGCAAAGUUUGGUAGCUUGUAGAAAAGUAGUAAAUGGAUCCAGGCGCCCAAGCGGCCGCCUUCCUGGAGCAGCUGCAAAACCAGACGGGGGGAAACGGCACUGGCUGGGGGGGUCAGGAGCAGCAGCCGUACCAACCGGAGCACCAAUUGCCGCCUCCACCGCCACCGAUGUACCCCCCUCCUCCUCCUCAGUACCCCCCCGAGCAGGGCAACCAAGCCUGGCAGCAGCCACCUCCUCCAGAGCCGUCUGAGCAGCAUGCAAACGGCCAGAGCAACGGGGGGAGUAAUCCGGAGACGCCGUCGAGCGACGGGGGAGGCAGGAAGCGGCGCAGCCGGUGGGGCCCGGACCCGGCCGAGGCGGCAAACCAAUCAGACGGGGGUACGAAGAAGAGGAAGAGCCGGUGGGAGCCAGCGGACGAGCCCAAGAUCACGAUCCCUGGGCUGCCUCCGAUCCAGUUGCCGGCGUUUGUGAAGGAGCUUAUGGGGGGAGAGGAUUUGAAUCCGGAGGUGCAGGCGCUGAAUGCGGAACUGAAUGAAAUCAACCGCAAGCUGCAAACGGGGGAGGUGGUCGAUGUGUAUGUGCCGCCCGAGCAGCGAUCGCCGUCGCCGGAGCCGAUGUACGACAACCUGGGGCACAGGGUCAAUACGCGGGAGGUCCGAAUGCGCGAGAAGCUCAUGAAGCGCCGAUCGGACGUCAUUGCUGAGCUCAUACGCAAGAGCCCAACCUACAAGCCCCCGGCCGAUUACAAGCCCGAGAAGAAGACGCGCAAGCUGUUCAUUCCUCUGAAGGAAUACCCUGGGUACAACUUCAUUGGCCUCAUCAUCGGUCCCCGCGGGAAUACGCAGAAGCGCAUGGAGAAGGAGACCGGAUGCAAGAUUGCGAUCCGAGGAAAGGGGUCGGUGAAGGAAGGACGCUCGCAGAACCUGCGCAAGGAUGCCAAGCCGGAUCCGUCGGAGAACGAGGAUCUGCACGUGUUCAUCCAGGCGGAUGAUGACGACUCCCUUGAAAGAGCGGCUAAUAUGGUGCAAAAGCUGCUGACACCUGUCGAGGAGGGCGCCAACGAGCACAAGCGCACACAGCUGCUCGAGCUGGCGGCGCUCAAUGGAACGCUGCGCGAUGACGAGUACUGCCGGCUGUGUGGCGAGCCAGGUCACCGGCAGUAUGACUGCCCGACCCGCAACUCGACGUACAAGGCCGAGGGAGUGACCUGCCGCAUUUGCGGAGAUGGAGGCCAUCCCACCAUCGAUUGUCCGAUGAAGGACACUAAGGUCGGCCACCAAAUGGACAACGAGUACCAGAGCUUCCUGGCGGAGCUCGGCGGCAACCCCGCUGACGCCGCCGGCCGCGACGGGCGCCCCGCGAUGCCAGGUGGCGCUCCGCCAUUCGGCGAUCGCGGCCCAAGGGUCACGGGCUUCAGCAACGGCCCGCCGAGAGAGGGGCUGGGCUUCUCGGGGCCGCCGAGAGAUAGCAGGGCCCCCCCGUUUUCCAGUGGCGGCAGACCCCCCAGCCGCGAUGAGAACGACGACUCGAACCUUUACAUCGGCUACCUGCCCGCCAACAUCACCGAGGACGAGCUGCGCCGCCUCUUCGACCCCUACGGCAGAAUCGAAGAAGUGAAGGUCAUUAAGGACCGCGCGACGGGGAUUAGCAAGGGCUUUGGGUUUGUGAAGUUCUCGAGCGCAAGGGAAGCCCACGAGGCUAUCACCGGAAUGAACGGCUUCCGCGUCGAGGGCAAGAGUCUCGCUGUCCGCAUUGCCGGCUCGAACACCGGCGGACCGUCCGACCGUCCCCCUCUCGGACGCCCCACCGGUUUCAGCGGACCCCCGUCCGGCUUCUCCGGUCCCCCUGGCCCACCCAGGGUAUCAGGGUUUAGCGGACCCCCCGGCCAGACGGGAUUCAGCGGCCCUCCGGCGGCGCAAGGGCCGCCCCCUCCCGGCACAGGGAGAGGUCCCCCUUCAACGCCCUGGGGCCAGCCACCUUCUUCGCAGGGGGGCCCUCCAGCAGGCGCCCCGGCCCCCCCUUGGGGUGCCGCACCGCCAGCGCCAGGCGCCCCACCUCCGGGUGCUCCCGCGCCCUACUACCCACCCCCUCCGUACUAUGGGGCGCCCCCUCCGGGGGGUCAGUACCCCCCCUACCAGUACCCUUACUCAUACCCCCCUGGUGCGCCGCCCUCUGGUUCUGCGGCUGCUCCUCCUGGCAGCUACCCCCAACCUUACCCGGGGUACUAUGGUGCACCACCCCCCGGGCAGCCUCCGCUGCCGCCUAGCAGUGGGGGGGCACCCCCGCCUCCUCCUUCCGGGGGGGGUGCGACGCCGUGGGCGGGGGCAGCGACCCCGCCCCCCCCAGAUGCUUCGAAAGUGGAGUCGGAGUAUGAGAAGUUUAUGCGUGAGAUGGGCAAGUAGAAUCAGGAGUUCCGUACUUGUUGGUCGGUCCUUGAGUUUAGCUAGAGUGUUUUAGAGAGGUGUCCAUCUGUAGCGUGUUCCCUUGCGGUGAGCGAGUUUUGUGGUGGAAAGCAAGCAGUUCUGUAUGCAGCGAACCACCCAAAUGGUACAUCUCCGGUCCAAACAAGGAGAGGAAAUAAGUCCACUUGACUAUUUCUAUCAGACGUUGCUCACUAAUCGAGCAGCAGCGAUUGUGCUCACGCAGCAAGGAUACUCGUGAACUCGGUCAACAACACGCAGACAUGGAUGCAUUCGGGUUGUCUUUACUUACGUGUCUGUCUCGCUCAGG